UGUAUCUUACACAUAUCCCUUUAUCAAAACUAGGCCAGUUAAACAAACUGCGGCGAUAGAGUGGUUUAGAAAUAUAUCUAUUCCCAAUCUUUUGGCUAAAUCGCAUUGUAAAGAAGCGCAGUGUGUCAUAAUUCAUCAGUAGUAAGUUAGGAGUAAAUCGUGAGACUCUGGUUGUGUGACAGCAUCUGAGCCAGACAGACAUUGGUUAUGUGAUUUAUUUUAAACAGAGUAUCGUAGAGUGAACCAAUUGAUCAAUUUAAAUCACGAGCAAGGUCAAACUGUUUGACAAACAAACGUUUCUUCUUUCAAAAUGUUUAAAGGGAUCUAUCGCAUGGUCAGUAACAUAGCAAGAGUGAAUACAACAACUUUAAGAUAUGGGAGUACCUUCAAUCAGCCGAUAUCUGGUAAUGAUUUAUCCAGGUCAGCAGGAAUAGCGUCUUUAUUCAGAUUACCUAUACAUCAUGAUUCAAAAGGUUUGGAUGUGUGUUUUGUGGGGGCAUGUUUGGAUUCUGGAGCAUCAAACAGAUCUGGAACCCGUCUUGGACCGAGACAUAUCCGCGUAGAAUCAACAAUGAUCAGACCUUAUAAUAUGGCUACAGGCGCCCAACCGUUUGAUAGUUUAAAUGUAGGAGAUGUCGGUGAUGUUAGUUUGUGUAUGUAUGACCUACCUAGAGCAUGUAAUGAUAUUAAAACUGGUGUAUAUAGUUUGAUUAAAGAUGGAUGUAAAGCUAUAACACUAGGUGGUGAUCAUACCAUAUCAUAUCCUCUACUCCAGGCUGUCAAGGACAAAUAUGGACCCGUGGGUUUAAUACAUCUUGAUGCCCAUUCUGACACCAGUGAUACUAUGUUUGGGUGUAAAAUAGCCCAUGGUACUCCCUUCAGACGAGCCGUAGAGGAUGGAUGUCUGGAUUGUUCGAAGGUUGUGCAAAUUGGACUUAGAGGUCCUGGCUACAGCUUACAGGAUAGGGAUUGGUCAAUUGAACAGGGUUUUCGGAUGAUUACAGCUGAAGAAUGUUGGAAUAAAUCUCUCGUACCAUUGAUGGCUAAUAUCAGACAGAUGAUGGGCGAUGCUCCAGUUUAUAUUAGUUUUGAUAUCGAUGCUUUAGAUCCGUCAUACGCUCCAGGAACAGGUACACCUGAGAUUGGAGGAUUAACCAUUGUUCAAGCAUUAGAGAUAAUCCGUGGGUGUCGUGGAUUAAAUAUUAUAGGAGGCGAUAUGGUGGAGGUAUCCCCACCGUUUGAUAGUAAUGGUUUAACAUCUUUAACUGCAGCCAAUCUAUUGUUUGAGAUGUUAUGUAUAUUUCCUGGUGUCCAGUACAAUAAAUAAACAAUAAUAUCAGCCGAUACAAGUUUAUGCAAAUAGUUGUGUGUUUCUGUCUUAUAAAAUCUAUAAAAGAUCU